CGGACGGAAAUACGGAACAAUACGGAUUACCACGAUAUCAUACAUCAUACAUACAAAUACGUACGCGAUUGUAGCAAUUGUCCAACUGUCGGCGAGCGUAUAAUUUCUUUAGCACUUUAUAGCUUUCUAGCCAGUGUUGAUAAAAGAUGCCGGAGAAUGUGCUAAAUGGUGAUCGUAUCGAGGUAAAUGGUGAACCUCAAGAUAAUGAUGAAGAGAAUAUUGAAAAUGACGUUCAUUUUGAACCUAUAAUUUCAUUACCCUUGAUAGAAGUAUCCAACAAUGAAGAGGAUGAGAUAGAAAUGUUGAAGCUACGGGCAAAGUUAUAUCGUUAUGAUACGUCAAGCAAUCCUGCGGAAUGGAAGGAACGUGGCACAGGAGAGGUCAAACUACUGAGACACAAAACGAAAAAUACAGUUAGAGUAGUAAUGCGCAGAGACAAAACUCUCAAGAUAUGUGCGAAUCAUUUCAUCACUCCAUGGAUGGAAUUGAAACCAAAUUGCGGCAGUGACAGAGCAUGGGUUUGGAGCGUACUUGCUGAUUACGCUGAUGAGCAACUCAAGCCAGAAUUACUUGCGAUACGUUUUGCAAAUGCUGAAAAUGCGUCAAUGUGGAAGGAAACAUUUGAAAAAGCUAAGAAGAUUGUAGGAUCUGAGUGUGAGAUUUAUGCUGGCAAAAGCAAUUCGGAACAAAAGCGUAUUGAAAGUGACAGCGAAUCCAGCAGUGAUGUAAGUUAUAGCGAGAGUACUGAUAAUGAAGAUCAAAUGAAAUCAUUGAAACGGACUGAAGACUGUGAAGCGAUUUCUCAGCAAAAGGAUAUCGAAAAUGAAACGACAGAAGAGAAGCAAGUAAUAACGAAUGAAGAAAAAAUAAUCAAUGAGAUCGCAAAGUUAAAAGUAAAAAACGAAGGUGAAAAGCAAUAA